CCAUAUUGACGUUGGAUUUUUCUGGUAUCCAUUACUUUGUUUUGCCUCCUCCUUCCUCCGCCAUGAUGUUUUCUAAGUGAGCAGCAAAGAUGGCUAACCAGCUAGCUUAGCCUUCAGUCUACGGGCUGUUGUGGAAGGGAGGUGCAGUCUGGUGCAAUGGAUGGAUGUUUUGCCCCCUACGUUUUACCUAUUUUUUCUUAGGUUAAUCAGAAUGAGACGACAACAUAUAAUCACUGAUACGCUCCGCACUGUUGCGGAGGGCUGUUAAUUUUCCGCAUUUCAACACUAUUCCGUCCAGAAGCGGCGCUCGUUCGUUACACUUUGAAGAUUAACGCUAGCUAAGACUGUUCAAGUGGCUACCCAGCUAGCGCUUCCAUCGCUGUCUACCAUCGCCUUCUUGUGUCACCAGCCCCGGGAAUGUUCUCCAAAAAGCCUCAUGGCGACGUUAAAAAAUCAACACAGAAAGUGUUGGACCCAAAGAAGGACGUGUUGACGAGGCUGAAGCACCUGAGAAUAGUCAUAGAAAACGCUGAGCCGUCAGAGCUGAAACAGUUCUUCGACGUGAACUACUCCCACAUCUACUAUGUGUUCUUUGAGAACUUCGUCACCAUUGAGGUCAGCCUCAGGCAAAAAGGUCACAAGUCUCAGAGGGAGGAGCUGGACUCUAUUCUCUUCAUCUUUGAGAAAGUCCUGCAACUGCUGCCAGAGAGAAUCCAGUGCCGAUGGCAGUUCCACAGCAUCGGGCUGAUUCUGAAAAAGCUGCUGCACACGGGGAACUCUCUGAAGAUCCGUCGGGAAGGCGUGCGCCUCUUCCUGCUGUGGAUGCAAGCGCUGCAGAGCAACGCGGAGCGCGAGCAGCUCUGCAUGUUCGCCUGUUUGAUCCCCGGCUUCCCGGCGCCGCUCUGCCACGGCACCCCGCGCACCCUGGACACCCUGAUCAACCCCGCUCUGAGUUUAACAGAGACUCAGGUCACCCCAGAGGAGAUCACUCCAUUGGUUCCUCCCCAGUCAGGCGACAAGAACCAGGAAGACCUCACCGCAUACUUUUUAGAAGCGCUGCUCAAAUACAUGGUAAACCAGACAAAGUCGCUAGAGUGGCGUUGUAAAGAGAACCACGAACGGGGCUUCAGCUUCCUCUUUGCUCACUUCAGGAAGUUUUACCUUCCUCACAUCUUUCCCAACUUCGCUACAGAGACCAGCCUCUACAGCCCAAUACUGGACGUGCCCGCGAUGCGUCCCAGGCCCUACUACGGCGUGGUUCGCAGGGAGCAAGACGGCAGUGAAACGGUGUACUGCACCAAGGAGAGCUUCCUCCAGGGGCGGGUCAUCUUCAUCCGCUGGCUGGUUUCCUUCUGGCUGGAGCCGCGGCCCAACGUGCAAAUCCCCGGAACGGAGGGGGAGAACGUCCCCAAGAACAUACAGCGAGCGGCAGCCGGGCUGGCAGCUCGCUCUGCAGGCAGCUCAGACGACAUCCACUUCGACGGCAGCGGCGGCUCAUCGGGAUCAGGCGGAGGCGGCAUGGGGCUGUCUGGUGGUCCGGGGGCCGCGGAGACCGAGCAAAGCCACUCCAACACGUCCACGCUGACGGAGCGGGAGCCCAGCUCCUCCUCCCUCUGCUCCAUCGACGAAGAGCAGCUCACGGACAUGGAGGUGGUGAGGAGAGUGCUGACCAACUCCAGAACCAACGUCAACUUCAUCACUGAGAUCUUUAGACAGGCAUUUCUCCUUCCCAUGUGCAAAGCUGCGGCGAUGCGUAAGGUGGUGCGUGUUUACCAGGAGUGGAUCUCCAUGGAGGACCGGCCGGUGUUCAUGAAGGAGCCGGAAGAGGGCCCAUAUCCCACAACUAGCAGCCUGGAUUCAGGGUCGCAGCGCGGGGACAAGGAGGACGAGGCGGUCGACAGUGAAUUGAUGGAGUACAGCGUUCAAGCCGGAGUUCAGACCACGCUACAGGUAUUUAUCACCCACUCCUCCAACGUGUUCCUCCUGGAGCCCGCCAACGACAUCAAGAUCCUUCUGGAGGAGCACGUAGACAUGUGCAAACGAGUCCUGAACAUCUACCGCAGCCUCGUCAUGCACGAGACCAUGGACCAGAAGACAUGGGAGCAGGUCCUACUGGUUCUAUUGAGGGUGACCGAGUCUGUGAUGAAAAGACCUCCAUCCAUCAUGCCGCAGGGCAAGAAGAACAACACGCUGUCAGGCAGGCUGGCCGCAGCCAUAUUUCAGACGCUGAUAGUCGCCUGGAUUAAGGGGAAUUUAAAUGUCUACAUCAGCAGAGAACUGUGGGACGACCUCCUCGCCGUCCUCUCUUCUCUCACAUGCUGGGAUGAGCUGGUCACCGAGUGGUCACUCACCAUGGAGACCCUCACCAAGGUGUUGGCCAGGAACCUGUACAAUGUCGAUCUGAACGAGCUGCCUCUGGACAAACUCAGUGAACAAAAACAGAAGAAGCAUAAAGGAAAAGGUAUCGGCUCGGAGGGCCAGAGGCAGAUUGUGGAUCGCUCCUCCUUCUCUAAAGGCUGGAGCAGAGACCAACCGGGCCAAGCAGUAGCCAUGAGGCAGCGGAGCGCCACCACCGCCGGCUCCCCGGGCAUCGAGAAGGCCCGCAGCAUCGUCCGCCAGAAGACCAUAGCCCUGCGUAGCUGCUCUACGGGGGACUCUCUGCUGUCCUCCGCCUUUAUCCGCAGCGCUAAGAGUGCCCCUGCUCUGGCGCCGCCUCUUCCUGUCCUCCUCCACCACCACCACCCUUUACUACCCCCACUUGCCGACCAGCUGGCAGACCUCGAGGACCCGCCCAUCACACUGACCUCCCGCACCUCUCGGAUGCGCCACGCCUCCCAAAGCGAAGAGGCCCCUCCCACCUCAUGCUCUGAGGUCUUCCAGGGAGGGGCGUGCGACCAUGAUGGCCCCGCCCCUUGCUCCCUCGCAAGGAGCAGCAGCGCCUCUGACAUCAUGGAGCCUUUCAUCGUCGAGAGGGUCAAAGGUGAAGAUCCGCAGGGGGCCCCUGCUUCGCUCCCCAACCCCACGCACCGCCACUCCACAACUCCCCCCUCACAUGCAGGCGAAAACCACGCAGCUCAGCCACUGCCGCACCCCCCCACUGCCUUUCCUCCCGACCCUUUAACCGUCCCCAAUGGUGUUACUUCCUCGUCCUCGGAGGGGCACGAUCACGAUAGUGUUUACGACGAGUUCUGUGAACAGAUUGGUUCUCGGAGCCAGGGCUCUAGUUCGGAUUGGGUGAGCGACUGGGAUUCUGCAUUCCUUUUGUCAGAAAAGGUACUUGAUGAUGAGGAGGAGGGCGAGAUGGGGCCUGUGGUAGAGGAGGACGAUUUAUUCUCCUCUAUCAGGGACUACCUCACUAACAAAGGCGGGGAGAGGAGGGAAGAAGCAGGAGAGAGAGAGGAGCCCGGCCGUGUGCUGGAGAGCAGUGUUGUAACUUUUCCUGUUCAAGCAGGCAUCGCGAGAGCCCUGAGGGAAUACCCGGGGCCGGUAGGAGAGGCAAGGCAGGUGGUGAGAGAGGACAGGCAGGUAAGUGAGCCGGUGAGACACAGCAGUGUGGACUCCACGGAGGAGAACGAGGCAGAGCAGUGCAGCAUCUACGAGUGCCUGGAGCUGCAGUGUCAGUGGCCGUCGCCCAUUGCUCGGGGGGCUGCCGGCUUAGAAACACCGUUUGGGGAGAAGACGGGAGGAGGCAAUGCCGGAAAGGCAAAGGAAUGGGAGGGGAAAUGUGAUGCGUGGGGGGAGACGGGAGAAGAGCAGCAGGGGGGCAAAGAGGUCACAGCAAAUGUGAGGUCCAUUUUAUGCAGACAAGACGCCAACACAGCCGAAUGUAGCACGGAAUCAGUUGAAACAGCACAAACGUCAGACACGAUUAAAACCAAGACGUGCCGGAGUAGCACCAAGAGGCACCACAUCGGGAGUGUCCACGUCAGCUUCCGGCCCUCGACCGAAUCUGUGCAGUUCCACAACCCCCUCGAGAGUAAGGAGGCCCACUGGAAAGCCCGACUGCGGCGCCUCAGUCACUUCCACACACACAGCCACUCAGCCGGGGAGAGGGCGGGGGCUGGAGGCGGGGCAGGAAGCGCAGGUAAGUUUGGCACCGCGGCUGGGAUCAGCCAUAGAGAAGCGCCACACGAGAAGUCAGGGAGCGUCUCGGACAGCGUCGGGGCAGGAAGUGGAGCGACUGCCGGAGGCCCGGAUGACAGGGGCGAGACCGGAGAGGACAGGGACUCCUACGUGGGACCCAGCCCGGGCUCCGAGGCGCAGCCCGAGCCGUCGUCGGGCAACUCAGGGGCGCCGUCGGGCGUGCGAGGCCGCCUGGGCCGCUCCACCUUGCGCUCUCGAGCCUCCCGCUCGCGCUCGCAGGAUCCCGGGAGCACCGCCUCGCGCCACCACCAGGGGGCUCUCCUCGGUGGCGUCUACAAGACUGUCGUUCACGCUCUGUCUUCGAAGCCACGGCCCCGAGGUCAGGGGUCAUCUCAGGGCUCGUCGCCACAGCGUCAGGGCCGUGCCGCCAUGGGCGACGCCUCGCUCAGGGACCUCUACUCCCAUGUCCUGGGCUACUUUGGCCGAAAGACGGCAGUGCCAGCCAACAAAGAGGAGGUGGUUCAGAAGGCCCGACCCGUCUCCAGUGACGUAGGAAGCACCAACCCAAACUUUUCUGACCUCAUGGAUGAGUUUAUUCAGGAGAGACUGCGGGCCAAAGGAACAGCUGGCCGUCGAGGCAGCAGCCCCGGCAGUCUGGAGGUUCCCAGGGACCUGCCGGAGCUGCUGGAGGCGGGUCAGAGCACUGGAUCUCGGCCGUCGGAUGACCACCGUCCCGCCGAUGAUCCGGGGGUUCCCUCUGAAUGGACGUCGCCUGCGAGCGCCAGCGGUUCGGACGUCAUCAGCUCAGACAGCCAGUCGGACUCCUUCAAUGCCUUUCAGUACUCCACAAACAAGUUUGAGAACUUUUCUUCCAUUUCAGAAGCGUGCGGAGGAGGUGUUGGCUCUGGGGGCGGCGGGCGAGGCAGCUCACUGGACCAGGACAGCCUGGGGGGGGGCGCGGCCAGUGACGAACAUGAAGUGGCCAGUUUGACGACACUUCACAUCGACUCGGAGACCAGUAGCCUCAGCCACACUGUCACCGUUACCGGUUCUGAAAGUGCAUCCCCCAUGCAUUCCCUGGGGGGCUCUCGCUCUCAGACGCCCUCCCCCGCCACACUGACAGCCGACCACAGCGAACACACACACUCACACACACACCUACAGCUGGAACAGAAGCUCCACAACGCUGUGCUGCAGACUCCAGAUGACCUGGAAGCCAGCGAGUUUCCCAGCGAAGAUUGCAGUGUCAUGACGGGUGGCUCGCUGACCGGAUGGCAUGCAGAUGUUGCCACGGUGAUGUGGCGGAGGAUGCUGGGAAUCCUGGGGGACGUCAACAGCAUCAAAGACCCGGAGAUCCAUGCGCAAGUCUUCGACUAUCUGUGUGAACUUUGGCAUAACUUGGCCAAGAUAAGAGAUAACUUGGGCAUUUCUUUGGACAACCAGUCGUCUCCCCCUCCCCCUGGUCUGAUCCCACCUCUGAGAAUCCUCACCCCCUGGCUUUUUAAGGCCACCAUGCUGACGGAGCGCUACAAGCAAGGGAAGCUCCACGCCUAUAAGCUCAUCUGCAGGAUCAUGAAGAGACGGCAAGAUGUCUCCCCGAACUCCGACUUCCUCACACACUUCUACAACAUCAUGCACCAGGGACUGCUGCACCAGGACCAGGACAUUGUGAACACCAUCAUAAAACACUGCAGUCCAAGGUUCUUCAGUAUCGGCCUCCCUGGAGCCACCAUGUUGAUCCUGGACUUCAUCGUAGCGGCUUCACGAGUCACCGCCUGCUCUUCUCUCAACGCUCCAAGAGUGGAGGCCCAGAUCCUGCUGGGAUCUCUGGUGUGUUUUCCCAACUUGUACGAGGAUCUUCCAGCGCUGCAUCCCACCACAGCCGACGUUGUGCUCACCAAGUUCCCCGACGUCAAGGAUCAUAUUAUUAAAACCAUCCUGACCUCUGCCAAGGACGAACCCUCUGCGCCCGCGAGGUGCGUGGCUCUGUGUAGUCUGGGGAUCUGGAUGUGCGAGGAGCUGGCUCACGGCACUCAACAUCCGCAGAUUAAAGAGGCCCUCAACGUCAUCUGUGUCACUCUGAAGUACCCCAAUAAGAAUGUAGCACUGGUGGCGUCGGACGUCCUUCAUCUCCUGAUCAGUCACGUGGAUCACCUUCAGAAAUUCCCUCCCGACACGCCGAAGAAGAUCGUUGAGAUUUUGAUCGCCACCAUCACACACUUGCUGCCUAAUACCGAAUCCUCUCCUCAUGAACUGGAUAAGAGGCUGGUGGUGUCCCUCCUGUUGUGCCUGUUGGACUGGGUGAUGGCUCUUCCUCCAAAGACUCUUCUUCAGCCCAUUCAAACACAAAACCCUCCAGAGAGAGAUCAGCCCACCAAGACCCUACUCAGCUGUAUUUACAAGGUUUUACAUGGCUGUGUGUAUGGAGCCCAGUCUUUCAACAGUCCCAAGUAUUACCCGCUGCAGCUGUCAGACCUGCAGAGUCCAGACUACGACCCGUUCCUGUUGCUGGAGAGCCUCAGGGAGCCGGAGCCGCUGCACAGCCCAGACUCGGAGCGCUCCAGCAAGCUGCAGCCCGUCACUGAAGUCCGUAACCGUAUUCAGCAAGGCCUGGUUUGCAUCGCAGCCAGAACGGUCAUCACACACUUGGUCAACCAUCUAGGACACUAUCCGAUGUCUGGAGGGCCCGCCACUCUGUCUAGUCAGGUGUGUGAAAACCAAGACAACCCGUUCUGUGAGAGUGCCGAUCUUGGACCAGAGCUUUUCCAUUCACCAAACCUGCAGUUCCUGGUCCUUAAUGGCUCCACGCUGCUCUCCGUCUAUCAGAUCCGAUCAGAGUCCGGCGUGCCUGGAGGAGGAAUGACAGCCGGAUUGUCCUCUGCUCCUGCUUGCGUUCGUGUCAUCAUCCGAGAUGUCGCGGGAAAACACUCCUGGGACUCCGCCGUUCUCUACGGCCCUCCCCCGGGUUCCCCGAACAGCCCUACAAACGCAUUCAUGCCGCACACGCGGUCGCCUCACGGCGAGCAUCUUCACCUGCGCACCCCUCCAGCAGAUCCACUAAAAAAGAUGCAAGGAGUGAAGAGGGGAGACAGCCAAGAGGAGGGGCAGGAGGAGAGCCAGCCAGAGGAUGGAGGGAAAGGGACUGAGGGCGAAAGGCAAAGCUUUCAGGGAGAGGAAGAGGAGAGAAGAGUCUCUGAAGAGGGGGUGGGAGAACAAAGUGGAGGUGAAGGAGAGGAGGAGGAGGAGGAGGAGCGGGGGGAGGAGAGGACAGAGGUUAGGAUGGAAGGGGAGAGGGAUACAGGGGAUUCGGGCUUGGAACAGAUCCUGGCUCCGCCAUUGGCUAAGCGCGUGUGUCGGGAGGCGGUGCCGGCCUGGGAUUCACUGAGGGAGGGAGACGACUCGCUGGAUGAAAUGCUGCAGUACCUGGGAUACUCAAGUCCUGAGUGUCUACAGAGAGCAGGCAUUCCGCUCAACAUCCCGGCCCCUCCCCCAGCGUGCGUUUCAGAAAAGCAGGAGAACGAUGUGAUCAAUGCCAUCCUGAAGCAGAGCGCCGCUGAAAGAGAGUUUGUCCUUCAUAGAGGUGAGGACCUGAACAUGAGAGCAGUUCAGCAGACAGAACCAGAGACUGAGACACCACAGUCAGCCUUCUACUACUGCAGACUACUGAUCAACAUCCUGGGGCUCAACUCCUGGGAGAAGAGAAGUAACUUCCAUUUGCUGAGGAAGAAUGAGAAGUUACUGAGAGAGCUGAAGAACCUGGACUCACGACAGUGCCGCGAGACUCAUAAGAUAGCAGUGUUCUAUGUGGCCGAGGGCCAAGAGGACAAACACUCCAUACUGACCAACACAGCGGGCAGCCAGUCUUAUGAGAACUUUGUUUCUGGUCUGGGCUGGGAGGUGGACCUCGCUACUCACUGCGGCUUCAUGGGCGGCCUGCAGAGGAAUCGCAGCACCGGCCAGACCACGCCUUACUAUGCCACCUCCACCACCGAAGUCAUCUACCACGUCUCCACCCGCAUGCCCCACGACCAGGACCACAACCUCACCAAGAAGCUUAGACACCUGGGCAAUGACGAGGUCCACAUUGUUUGGUCGGAACAUAGCAGAGACUACCGGCGAGGAAUCAUCCCCACCGAGUUUGGAGACGUGCUGAUCAUCAUCUACCCCAUGAAGAACCACAUGUACUCCAUUCAUAUACUCAAGAAACCUGAAGUGCCAUUCUUUGGCCCGCUGUUUGACGGCGCCGUAGUGGACAUGGACAUUUUGCCCACCAUGGUCAGAGCCACAGCUAUCAACGCCAGUCGAGCCCUCAAAUCCCUAAUUCCCCUCUACCAGAACUUCUAUGAGGAGCGAGCCCGGUACCUAGAAACCAUCGUGCAGCACCACCAGGAGCCGACCACGUUCGAGGACUACGCGGCUCGCGUCUACAGUCCCGCUCCCUGCACGCACCUGCCCUCUGACACAGGCUCCUGCCUCGAGAUUCUUCGGGGAGAAAGUCCGGCUCUUGGGGAGGCCGGGAGCGACUCGGCGUCCCCCAUGUCUCCUCGGACUAGCAAGAGCCGCAUGUCGAUGAAGCUGCGGCGCUCCUCCGGAUCGGCCAAUAAGACUUAAGCUCUGUAGGCAACUAGCGCCUAAAAGUUUUCAAAGUCCUAUGUGAAUUACACUGAAAACAAGCUGUGUCUACAUGUCUACAGGCAUUUAUUUCAGGAGAAACAAAGGGUGUUGUUUUCAGAAAUGGGCGGAACCAUCUGGAGCGUCACACAGUUGUACUAAAAGUAUUCUGUGGAGUAUAUAACACAUAAACUUCAUUUAGAAACUGCUCACAGCUGCUGAAUAUAAUCCUUGGCUUUGCUCCAAAUCAAAAUAACCCAUUUGAACCAGUGCAGAUGUUUGCCACCGUAGGCACAGCCCAGGCAGUGCUCUAUCAUAAUCCGUGCCAUGCUAGGAACCACAAAAAAACUCAAGUGUGCCAUGUGAGAUGCUGUUAAUUGUUGAAGAAGCAUGUUUGACGAGGGUUGAACCGCAGAUCAAACAGAGGCGGAGUCUGUAUAGUAGUGUAUAGAUAGUCACUCCGUGCGUGUGUACAUGCAGGACUAUGAGUUUUGAUAUCCAAAUAAUUCAUUUGUGAAUGAGUGCACCAUCGGUGUUGUAUGGAGAAAGAAAAGGUAUAUUUUUGUGUUACGUAUAGCAUUAGGCCUACAAAGAGGGCAGAGGUCCGUUGCUAUUCAGUCCUCAUGACGUAGAAAGCUAGCUAUAAAACGCUGCAUCACUGUCAAGCCCAAAAUGUUUGAACCCCAAAGAAAUUCCCCCUCCUUGAACUUGUGGUCUGGAAAGCUGAACCUGGAAUAAUGGGAAAGGUUUUGGACGAUUGAUGGAGGGAUUAUAUGCUUUCGGAAACAACAGAGAAAAAAGCGCUUUUUAGAAAGAAAUGAACGCAAUUUGUCGCAGAAAGUUGUAUCGACUUUUUUGUUUCAUGCUGUAAAAUGUGGAAAAAGCACUGAUGUCCAUUGCAUUUAUGUUACUUUUAGUCUGUUUUGUUCCUUUUUAUUUAUAUAUAUAUUCUAUAUAUCUACAUACGUAAGAAUAUAUAUAUAUAUAUAUAUAUAUAUAUAUGUGUGUGUUAGAUGUAUGAAUAUCAAUGAGCGUGUGCACAAUGUGAGGAGGCCGGUUGUUUAUACUGUUAUGUGAGAAUAGCUGCCAAAGUCGGACCUCAUUAUUUGUUUAAAACACUACAAGAUGUAAAGCUUCCACGGUUUCCCCUUUUCACACCAGCUUAUUCUUCAUUUGCUCGCUAUUCAAAGGGAACUCAGUUAACGUUUUCUGAUACGCGUAACCUUGGUUCCACUGUGUUUUAGGCUGCCAUAUUCUGCGUUUUUAUCAUUUGACCUGUAAGUGAGGCCAGAGGAAUGAAGGGGGGGAAUCCGAGUGUUUAAGGGAGCGAUGCCGGGGAGAAGGAGGGAAGAAAAGCAAUGUCAUCUCACCAUCAUUUAGAAACGAACGGUUUUGUGCUUGUUCUAUUAUUUUAAUUUCAUUAUUUUUUUAAAACCCCACUAUUGUAUUUAGACUCAUCCCCAUUUCUACGUGAGGAUGAAGGGGAUACGCUUGUACUCAUAAUCCAUAAACUGUAACUCUACAUUCCUGCACUAACGUUUCAAAUUGUCUUUCAUUGCUUACUGCUGGUUUCUCCUCAUGAAUGGUCUCAGCUGUGGUUCUCCGGGGUUCAUCCCAAUAUGAACGUUCAUCCACUUACUCGACACGAUGGCUAAGCUCUGUGAACUCCAUUUCCCCCUGGCCUGAUUUAAAGGAAGCACAUUUACUGUAUACGUCAUUUGCAUUUGAAAAUAUAAAUCCAGGUAACUGCGUAUUCACAACUGUAUUUUCUGUUACUGUUUUAUUUGCUUUACUUCAGCAAUAGAGAAAAUACAUUGUCAAACUAUUUCUUUUGUGACCUCUCUGUGAGGUUGAAGUUAUCACAGAUCUACCAGUCUAAAAAUGAGGUCAAAUUCAUGUUGUUAUUUUGUGCGUGGCUAAUCGUUUCCCCUAAGUUAUUGCUGUUAUUAUCAUUAUUAUUGCUGCGGUGAAGAAGCACCAUAGAUUGGUUUUGGCACAUGGUCUACGAGCUCCACUCCACUCUGGGAACGAUCUGUGUGUAGACUGCAGCUCACUGGCGGCUCAAUCUCUUGAGGUUUGGAUUAAAAUAUCAGUGAUUCCACCUGAUUAUUAGAGUCAUGCUGGAAAAGAUGACGAAAUUUCAGAUUUCUUUCAGAAUAUGUGACGGAUUAGCAACCCUGAUUAGCAAAACCUAAAUGUAAAGAAAGGUUAACCCAAGCUUUUCAGCAUAAUAAGGAAUCCCUCUCAACCUGCCCUCCCAAUCAGCCUUAUUGACCGUAAUCUGAAAUCUUGGUCUUCUGAGUACCGUUACCAUGUCGACCACACCAAUGUCCUACUAUGUAUACAAACAUAUAUGUACCUGCUGCGCCUGCAGGGAUGGAUGCGGAUGUGGAGUUCUGCUGUUGUCAGCCUGGAGACUGACGUAUGUAACGUCUAACUGUACAUACUGCAUGACGCCGGUUCAGUAACUGCAUGUGAUGAUCGGCUGCAUCACAACACACACUUCCUCCAACUGUGUUACUGUCACACCUGUAGUAUGUAGACGCGUAAUGUCUCUUUUGGAAACGUAAGAGAGCGCAGAUGUGCAAUGCGGGAGUUUGACAAUAAACAAUUCGUACCACUUAA